AUGGUAGCGUCCUUACUGAGACUGACGGUCCUGGGGACUCUGGCAGUACAGGCCGUCUGCAAGACUGUAAAUACAUCGUCCCUCUUGACCUACCAGGAUAGACCGCGGGUGUUUAUCUUAUCGGAUAUCUCGAAUGAGCCGGACGACCAGGAGUCCUUGACGCGGUACCUCCUCUACUCUAACCAAUUCAAAACUGAGGGCCUCGUCGCAUCCACGUCCACUUGGCUCAGAGAUGCAGUGCACCCGGAGGAUAUGCUGCAGGUGAUCAACGCCUAUGGCAAUGUCACCGAUAACCUCAACAAGCAUGCUCCCCCGAAUGCUCAGUAUGCCUCUGGAGGUUACUUCCGCAGUAUCCUGCGCAGCGGCCCCGCGACCUAUGGCAUGAAAGCCGUGGGAAGCAACGUCACGCUCAGCGACGGCGGAAAGCUGCUUCUCGAACGUCUUCAGUCUCCAUCCCAGAAGCCCCUUUGGGUUCUCGCUUGGGGUGGUACGAACGUUCUGGCGCAGGUGUUAUAUAAAAUCCACCAGAACUCCUCAUCCGAAGAGGCGGCUGCUAUUCGUUCCAAGCUGCGCGUGUAUGCCAUUUCCGACCAAGAUGACACGGGUUCCUGGAUCCGUCGGAACUACCCAGACAUCUUCUACAUUUCGUCCACGCACGGAUGGAACCAAUACGGUCUCGCUUCCUGGAUUGCCAUCUCCGGCGAGACGUACUACGGUAAGGAUGAGGGUGGCCCUAACAGUACCACCGUGACUCACGAGUGGCUCCACGACAACAUCCAGAUUGGACCCUAUGGUGGUGUGGCGUACCCCGAUUUCAAGUUUAUCAUGGAAGGCGAUACCCCUACAUUCCUGUACCUGAUCCAGAAUGGUCUGGGCGACUCGGAGAACCCCGGCUAUGGAUCUUGGGGUGGAAGAUAUACCAAGGUGGACCCCUCGACGGCCGUGAACUACAACCACUACAGCGAUGCAGCGGAUCGCGUGGUGGGUCUCAACAACAAGACUUUCAGCUCCAACUAUGCUACUAUUUGGAGAUGGCGGGACGCUUACCAGAACGAUUUCGCCGCUCGCAUGCAAUGGACCCUCCCGGCGAACGUUAGCCAGGCGAACCAUCACCCCGUUGUUUCUGUCAACGGAAGCACGGAACUGGCUCCACUCAAGAUGACGGCUCAGGCAGGCUCGACGAUUAACCUCGAUACCGCUGGCACCUAUGAUCCAGAUGGCGAUAGGUUGUCGUACAACUGGUUCCAGUACCAAGAGCCCAGUUCCGAUGACUGGAACGUGGCAGGACAGGUCCCUGCAUUGAACCUGACUACCGCGAAGAAUGGCCAGCAGGUACAGGUGGCCAUCCCUGCUUCCGAGGACAGCUGCAAUGGAAAGGGAGAUAACCCGUCUGGCUGUUGGCUGUUGCAUUUGGUUUUGGAGGUCAAGGAUAACGGUGUUCAUCCCUUGACAACUUACCGUCGGGUGCUCAUCCAGACUACUAACCAGACGAUCGCUGCGUGA